GCUUGAGGAAGAGUAGGUGAAAAGUGUUAGAUUGAUUGGAGGAUAGCUACAUGCAUGCUUCUAGCCUAAGCAAUUCUCUCUAUAAACCUCCAUAAACCCUCGGCUUAUAUAAGUCCGGAUCCCCAAAGAGCCAGUAGAAACUUUUGUUAUUGCAUGUUGGACGUGUAUAUUUUGCAAGACAAACUCUAAGGUGGCCUGGUGGGAGAGAGAGAGAGAGCACCUUGUUUUGGCAGAGACGGUGAUGGCCGCCUGCAGGGAAGAACCAGCUAGCGCAGUGAUGCUCUCGGGAGGACAGAGAGAACCGCCCGGACCGGGUGGAUGGGAUCCACCUGGUCCUGGUGCACCAGGACGUUUCUUCUGCAAGAUUGGUUCUUGCCUGAACUUCUUAUGCUGCUGCUGGUUCCUAAAAGAUUGCUUUGGAGGUCCAUUGAGCCCACCUGGGCCUCCGGGACGACCCGAUCCAGCACUGGAAGCACGUGCAGGAACGGAAGCAGUACCUCCCUACCGUGUCAGCGAACGGCCUGCUUGCCCCGCCCCUGUGGCUACCGCGCAGGAAUGCUAUCCCACCUGCGACUCUCCUCCACGUGGGUUUAGAAAAUUCUAGCCCCGACGGACUCCCUCUGGCGCCUGGUUAAUUUCUGAUAGUUCCCACUAUUUAAAUUUACGUCUAUGUAUUAUGCAAAAAUAAUGACAGCUUAAUUUGGAGCAAAAGGACUUGUAUUAAUCUUGAAAGACAUUAUUGAUCCCUGGUUUUUUGUUUACCAGUUAAAUGUCUCUUUAUCGAAGGAUGCAUCAUGCAUGUUUGACAUUUGUAUGAAUUGACUUGAUCAUAACCG